UCCUCCCACCCGCAGCCGACGAAACUUUCCCCAAGCCCCUCGGUGGAUCGGACCGCCGCGCUCAAUCCAUGUCGGAGGAAUCUGGUCGCCCUUUGCCCAAGUUUGGCGAAUGGGACGUCAACGACCCAGCUUCUGCUGAUGGGUUCACUGUUAUAUUCAACAAAGCCAGGGAUGAGAAGAAGGCUGGGAAUGGACAAGAUACCGAAUCCCCUUGCAAAGACGCCAGGACUGAGAGGGUGGAAGCUUAUGCCACCAAGGCAAAUUCAAAGAAGUGGUUUUGCUGCGUGACGCCAAGUCCUACACAAUCUUGAGGAGGACAAGCAUCGCCUGAAGAAGAAUGGUUGCGAAAGUAUGGUCGUUUAAUUUUGCUAUAUACAUACUAUCCAUAAGACCUUGUAAGAGGUACCCAGGCCCCCUGGGCCAUCACGAUGGGUAUCUCGUAAAACUCUGAAGUGUGUAUGUAUGGUGUGAGGGUUGUCAGACACUCGUUUGGAUAAGUGAACUUCUGAUUGUAA